GUUACCAUUAAGCUGCUCGGAUAAUACCAUAAACCGAGCAUUGUUGACUACCUGGUUUGAGGAUAUAUAAACAUCUAACACCAGCUAGAUUGUGUAUAGUUGAAAUACAAUUUCGAAAUGGUUCAUAUAGCAACGGCAAAGGAUAAAGAAUUAGCUGUCCCGAGGCAUCUUCAACUCUCUGGCCAUGUGGGAUUCGAUAGCCUCCCUGAUCAAUUGGUAAAUAAAAGUGUACAGAACGGCUUUCACUUCAAUAUUAUGUGCAUUGGUGAGACUGCUUUGGGCAAGUCCACACUGAUGGAUACCCUUUUCAACACCAACUUCGAUUGUACAUCAAGCGCCCACAAUUUACCCAAUGUAAAGCUGAAGGCUCAGACGUACGAAAUAACUGAAAGCAAUGUCAAUUUGAAGCUGACCAUAUGCGAUACCAUUGGCUACGGUGACCAGGUGAACAGGGCCAACUCGCACAAAGCUUUGGUGGACUAUGUGGAUGCCCAGUUUGAGGCUUACCUGCAAGAAGAACUUAAAAUCAAGCGUCAAAUGGCCACCAAUCAUGACAGCCGUGUACAUGUGUGCCUCUAUUUUAUUUGCCCCACGGGACACGGACUCAAGUCCAUGGAUCUGGAGUGUAUGAAGCAAUUGGAUACCAAAGUCAACAUAAUUCCAAUCAUAGCAAAAGCUGAUACCAUCUCCAAAAGCGAACUAGACGGAUUUAAAGAGCGCAUAAUGAAAGAACUGAUCAAUAAUAAGGUUAGCAUUUAUCAAUUCCCGACGGACGAUGCCACAGUAGCCGAUGUGAACGAGUCGAUGAAUCUCCAUCUACCAUUUGCCGUUGUCGGGAGCACAGAGUUUAUUAUGGUGGCCGGCAAAAAAGUACGCGCCCGACAAUAUCCAUGGGGAUCUGUGCACAUUGAGAAUGAGGCCCACUGCGAUUUUGUAAAGCUGCGAGAGAUGCUCAUCCGCACCAACAUGGAGGAUCUGCGGGAAUUGACCCAUAAACGACACUACGAGCUCUAUCGCCAAAGAAGACUAGAGCAGAUGGGUUUCGUGGAUGUGGACAGCAAUAAUCAGCCGGUGUCGUUUCAGAAAACAUUUGAAACGAAGCGAAGCAAGCAUUUGGCAAGCCUCCAGGCCAAGGAGGAGGAGAUGCGACAAAUGUUCAUUCAACGAGUGAAGCAGAAGGAAAACGAGCUUAAAGAUAGCGAAAAAGAAUUGCAUUUAAAAUUCGAGAAACUGAAGCGAGAACAUUUAGACGAGAAAACCAAUUUGGAAGAGUCUCGUCGGCUGCUGGAUGAGGAAUGCCAGGAACUGCAACGUCGGAAGCAACAGUUUACUAAUGGCAAUGGCCAAAUGUCCACACUUACACUUGGCCGAAGCAAAAAGAAAUAAGCAAUAAAAUGAUCCAAAGAAUUUAGGGUACAUUAAUGUGUAUCUCUCUUGUAUGUAAAUGUGCUAUAAAUUAAGAAUUUUGUAAAGUUUGGCCUUUUCUGUCAAUCUUUUAUUGUUCGUUUCUUUUAAUAAAGUUUUAAAGUAUUUAAA